AUGGAAGACCCAAUUUCGUCAUCAUCUUCAAUUACAUCAUCACUAAUUACUGAUCCUCCUUCACAUCCACAUCAAAUCGACAGAAAUAAUAAUCUACAAUGUGCCGAGUCAUUUAGUCAAAUUAUCAAGAAAGAAGAAGCUGUUGUUACUGUCUCUAAUGCUUGUUCAACUAAUUCCACUAAAGAAGUUGUGACUAUCUCUGAUUCUUGUUCAACUAAUUGCACCGUCUUCGCAUUGGAUGAACGUAAAAGUCUAAGCAGUCCUAGUACUGAUGAAGGAACUGUAAUAGACGAAGGGCAAAAAGAGCAUGAUAGAGAGAAUGGAAAUCAAGAAUCUGAACUAGAUGAACAAAAAGAGAAUGAAGGACGAAAAGACGAGUUUGGAAAUCAUGAAAACUACAAUGGAGAAGAAGAAGAAGAUGAAACCGAAGAAACAGAGGAAGAAGAAACAGGGGAAAGUGAAAAUCAUGAAGAAUCAGAACAAAAUGAUCAAAGUGGAAAUCAAGAAUCAGAACAAAAUGAUCAAAGUGAGUCCAUCUAUGACUACAAGUGUGAAAAUACAAGUGGCGAUUUCCGAAAUCCACACUCCGAAAAUCUAUACCUCCACAUCAAGAAUGCAAUUCCAAGCUUAAAGAUCCCCCAAUUGAAAGUGGCGGAAAAGAUCGUAUCAUUUCAGGAAAAGUUCAAUCUUCUUAGGGAAACGGAAAGAGAUAAUUUCGACCAACCCAUUGAUGAAGAAAUCUUCAACUGGUGUAAGCAAAUAUGGGGUGAUUCUGAACGUAAAAGACAACGUAGUCCUAGUACUGAUGACAGUGGAAAUCAGACAGUUUUGUAA